AUGGAACAGCCGAAGAACGGCGACGGCGGCGGCGGCGGCGGCGGCGAAAAGGAACCGCUGCGCCAGAUGGUGCUACGGAACUUGACCGUCGAACCGAUGUUGUUCCCGUACCUUAUAGCGUCCAUACUGGUCAUACUGGCCAACCAGAACCUUAACAUCCAGAAGGCGUGCCGGGUGGACCUGAAACUUAGCCCGGAAAUAUGCAACGACCUGGAGAACAAGGACAAGAACAGCAGCAUGCUCACCGACAGCGAGAUCACCGUGCAGAAGCUGGUCGCGGACAUGCUCAUCUGGCAGACGAUACUGCAGAGCAGCGUGCCGGCCGUCUUCGUGCUGUUCCUAGGCUCGUGGAGCGAUCGGAACCGUUUGAGGCGGCCAUGCAUGCUGCUGCCCGUCUACGGCGAGGUGGCCCGGAACUUGGGCCUGCUGGUGUGCGUCUACUUCUUUGACGAGCUGCCCAUGAACGUGACGGGCCUGUGGCAGUCGCUGCCGAUUGCCAUCACCGGUUACUGGACCGUCUUGUACAUGGCCGUGUUCUCGUACGUGGGCGACCACAGCACGGAACAAAAUAAAACCUUAAGAGUUGGUCUAGUAAACGCGACAAUGGCCUUAUGUCUUCCUAUAGGUACUGGUUUGUCAGGGAUAUUAUAUCGUGAACUUGGAUUUACCGGAGUAUACAUCAUAGCUUUGAUACUCUGUUGCAUCAGUAUUUGGAUGGCUCACAUUUUCGUUCACGACACAAAACAGAUAAAAUUCGAUUCUGGUAAGAAACACAAAAGGUCUUAUUGGGCUCGCAUCAAGUUCUUUUUCAGUUUAAAUCACAUAGUCGACGCGUUCAAAGUGACAUUCAAAAAGGAAAAAAACAAUAGAAGAAUGAAAGUUAUCGCUUUGACGUUGCUCAUAACUGGAAUCAUGGGUCCAUUGCAAGGUGACAAAGGCGUUGCGUAUUUGUUUACUCGAGUCAAGUUUAAUUGGAACGAAGUGGAAUUCAGCGUGUACGCGACCACCACGAUGUGCAUCAAUCUCGUGGGCACAUUUGUCGUUCUCGGCGUCGUGGUCAGAAAGUUCGGCGUUGACGACGCGUUGAUAGGCACUGUGGCUACUACUGGAAAAUUAAUAUCGCAAUUCAUAUUCGCAUCCGCCUCCAGUGUGGCCGUGUUCUAUACAGGGGCGCUUGUGAACUGCUUACAAGGACCGGCCAUCAUUUCCAUGAAAUCGAUCAUAAACAAAAUAAUUCCUGCCCAAGAACUCGGCCAAGUAAGCGCAGUCACGGGCAUCGGGGAAAACGUUGUGCCCAUUUUGUGUGGCCCACUGUAUAGUUACGUAUACGAAUCCACCGUGGACUACUUCCCCAGCGCUUAUUUCUUAGUCACUGCGGCCAUAACGGUCCCGACCAUUUUUCUCUAUCUGUGGCUCUAUAUCCAGCACAGAAAAGAAGUCAAAGAAUCGUACGAACAAUUACCCGACACGGAUAUUUUGAAAAACCCAAAUGGAGCUGCCACUACAUAUGGGGCGAUAAAAAACAGUAACAGUUGA